GACUUUCAAGUUUCAACCUACCUUUCUAUAUCGUUUCCACUUAUAUCUGAAAUCAAAUCAAUUCAACCUACCUAUCAACUAGAGAGCUAGUAUUGAUUUUCACAGCUGCCAUGAAGCAGGAACACACCACUUCGAGCAGAAAUACACAGAUCUAGAGCACUUCAUAUGUCAAAAAUAGCAUUAUUGAGAGCAAAGCAGAGACCUGCUCUUAGGACUUUGAAGAUCAGUGAUUUCUGGGUUUUGCUUUGAGUUCUACAUCCUUCAAAGGUGCCAGGUUCCUUCAAAAGCAUUCCAGUUCAAGGUACGUAGAUGACCAAAAAGAAAACUCUUUACUUAUUUGAAUAUGGUUCUAUGAUUUUAAGUAAUAUUAAUUGGUUGGCUCGUUAUUUUGCUGAACACCUUUCAUAAUUCUUUUUAAGAAUUCCCUAAACAAAGCUUUUUCAUAAUGAUUAGUGUUAAAUUUAUUGUAAUAUUUUCCAUAAACCGUCUUUAAGAUAUGGGUUAAUCACGGAUCAAAGAAACGAAAAAUCCAAGUGUGGUUAUUUUGUUUGGAUACUUAGAAGAUGUUGUGGAUUUUGGUCCUGUUUUGUUUUCCUUCAGGUUGCUUAAUUAAGAUAGUGAAUCAAUAAAAUGGAGAGACGGGGGAAUAAUAACUUAUUUGAACAUAAAACUGAACAAGAAGAUUUGGCACUGUUGAUAGAAAGCGCAGAGCUUCCGGAAGAGUCUAGUGUCAAAGAGCAUUGUAUCUAUAGAGUACCUCAAAAAAUUCGUCAAAUAAAGGAAGCAGCAUAUUCACCUCGUGUCGUUUCAAUUGGUCCCUUUCACCAUGGACAAGAGAGAUUGAAAUUAAUGGAACCACUUAAAUUGGGCUACCUUAAGAGUUUUCUCAACGGGACUGGGCUAACAUUGCAGCAUUGUAUUAGCGAACUCAAAGAGUGGGAACCAGGAAUUCGGAACUGUUAUGCUGAGAGCAUUCCACUUGAAAGUGAUGUUUUUCUGAAGAUGAUUCUAAUUGAUGCUGGCUUCAUAAUUGAGCUUUUCCUUAGAUAUUAUGACGUGAACAAUUGGGUAGAAAGAGACCCUUUGUUCUUAAAACCGUGGCUCGCAGAGGAUGUUGCCCACGACUUGAUCUUGCUUGAGAAUCAGCUUCCAUUCUUUGUUCUUGAAGGACUUUACAACCUUGCCACUAAAAAUGAUCCUGAUUUUCCCUCAUUUCUUCAGAUUACUUUCAAGUACUUUGAGGAUCUCAACCAGCAAGCAAUACAACAUGAUGGUGUAAUUGUGAGGCAUUUCACUGAUCUACUAAGGAUAUUUUACUUAUCACCAAACCAAAUAUUUCAAAAAAGAUCAAAAGUGGGCAGCAUAUUGGAGCAUCUAUAUUGUGCAAGUGAGCUACUUGAGUCAGGAGUGGAGUUCAGGGUGAAUAAAAUAAACAAAUGCUUACUUGAGUUACAAUAUGUUAAAGGUGUCUUAACAAUGCCACGCCUUGAUGUAUCUGAUAGGACUGAGAUUCAUUUGAGAAAUAUAGUUGCAUUUGAGCAAGGUCAUUAUCCUUCCGAGACCUAUAUUACCGAUUACUUAAAAGUGUUGGAUUUCCUUGUCAAUACCGAUAAAGAUGUGAAUGUACUAGUUCAUAAGGGAAUUAUCACUACCUUAUUGGGUGACAACAGUGAAGUGGCUACUAUGAUUAAUCGUCUUUGCUCAAAUCUUAUUCAAGCAAAUAUGAAUUCUAAAUACCUCUCCAUCUGUAAAGAGUUGAAUGAUUUCUACGAGAAACCUGUUCAUAAAUGGAAGGCAGGCAUGAUACAUGAUUACUUCGACACUCCUGUGAAAACAGCAACUUCCAUUGCUGCUAUUGUAUUACUUAUACUUACCCUUGUUCAAACCAUUUGUUCUGUCCUCUCAUUACUGUAGGCUUAGAUAGCUUCUACUUUCAACUUUGAAUUGAUGUUGAAUGUUGGUGUGCUCGUCAAAGAGUUCAAGUACUGUUGUGCAUUUUUAUUAAGAAAAAAACUAUUAAUUAAUUACACUGAUUUAAGGGCACUGGUUAAGUCCCAACAUUUCAAUGUUAGGCUUUAACCUUUCUUUCUCUUUUCCUCAAUAUAGCUUGGAUGGCUGAUUGUGGAGGGUCAAUGGUGAGAUGAUCUUAUGCGUUGGGUCAAGAAUGGCCAAGGCUUUUUAAAGUAUAUAUAUAUACUCGUAGUUAGGGCUUUUUUGAAAAAUGUUUAUCUUUUUUCUUUUUAAUUUUUCUGCAUUGAAUAAGUGUUUUCUUUAGAAUGAAAAAUUCUUUUUUUUCUUUUUUCAUAUGUUAUGAAUAACUGACGAUUACAAUAAAAUUUUUAUAAUUGACUUAGUUUAAGGUUAUUUGAAAAAAUAAAUGAAAUGAUGACAUUAAUUUCACAAAAUAAAUUAUGAUUGCAAUAUGAUAGUACUAGUCCAAAAGUAUUUUUAAUUGAAAAAUCAAAUUACAUACUAUCGACUGUGAUAUUGACCAACUUUCUGAUGGCUUGAUGCCUUGCAUGAUUGAUGAAUUAUAUCUAUAUAUAUUGAGAGGAGAAUAUGGUCACUUUUAUUCUUACUAUAAAUUAUAAUAAUUAUAGGAGCAUUAAUAGCUCGUUAAUUAUAUAACAUUGUAGGAUUCCUUUUAUUAAUUAAGUUUAAGAAACUUGUGGAUAGAGCAAACCAUGUGGCUAUUUUCUUGUACGUAGAACGGUCGGUCAUGUGUAGCAACUCCCAACAAUUUCAAGAGAUGUCAUGUUUAUGAGGUUUAAUUAUAUAUGUUGUCUUCACCUAUACACUAUGUCAUAUUGUUGGAUAUGAAGCAUCAAACGACAUCGUUGCUCUUAGCUGGUUAGAGGGCCACGUGUUGUAAUUGCAGCUUGCCAUUUGGUAGCUAU